AUGCUGCACCAUGCAGGACCCCACACUAGCAAACUUGUCAAACAGGUGGCCGCCUGCUGCCUUCUGCUCCCCCGCUUCCUGCUCACAGCCCUAAUGCUGUGGCUACUGGACUUCCAAUGUAUCAGGAGGAAAGUCCUGCUCAGUGCCCGGGAGCAGGAGGAGGAGACCCCCGAGAGGGACGACCCCCCAGUCUGCGUGUCGGACUCCAACAGGAUGUGCACGGUGGAGUCCCUGCGGGCGGUGUGGCAUGGCCAGAAACUGGACUACUUCAAGUCUGCCCACCUGGGCUGCCCUGCCCCCAACACUGAGGUGGUCCCCCUGGAUGGGCAGAGGCUGUGCCGGCUGCUGGACUUCUGUCAGGCGCACAGACCCCUGAUAGUGAAUUUUGGGAGCUGCACCUGA